GUUCGGUUUGGGCCACGAAUUUGGGCCACAAAUUUGGGCCUGUUUUAAAUGGACGGUCCAGGUAGAGUGAUGACUUGAGAAAGAAUAGGCAGGCUUCUACGUGUUUGAACUGGAAGGAGGUUCCUCCGUCUACGGAACUGACGAGUGAUGAUCAUGGAGUCUCUGUAAAUUCUGCUUUCAUAUUAUCCAAUUCUUCUGCCGAUUCAUCACUCGAAUACUGACGUUCCAAAAGCUUGUUUUUGAUCUUCUGUUCGGCUGGCGAUCAAUCUUAGCGUCAGAUUCUAAUUUCUUCCAUGGCUAGAAGCUCGUUCAAACUUGGAAUUCCUUUGGAAAAGAGACGGGCUGAAGCUGCUCGAGUAAGAGAAAAGUACCCGGAUAGAAUACCUGUGAUUGUCGAGAAAGCUGGGAGGAGUAACAUUGUUGACAUUCAUAGGAACAAAUACCUCGUCCCUGAUGAUUUAAAUGUUGGACAGUUUGUUUACGUUGUUCGGAAACGGAUUAAGCUUAGUGCUGAGAGAGCUAUAUUUGUAUUUGUGAAGGACACUCUACCUUCAACUGGUGCUUUGAUGUCUGCAAUUUAUGAGCAUUAUAAGGAUGAAGAUGGGUUUCUUUACAUGUCAUACAGUGGAGAAAACACUUUUGGUGGGUUCCUUGGAGGACAAUGAUACAUUUACAUGGAUGUUGUGACAAAUCUACCUAAUUUACUUGGAGCUUUUCUUGCGAGGGUUAAUGAUCCACUUGAUGCCGUUAGAUAUUCCACUUCCUAUCUUUUUGGCACCAGCCACGGUCGCCGCCAUGGCUUUUGCUAUUCCAGCCUUAGAACCAGCCUUCUUGUCCGAGCCCUGGCCCCCUUUGGCUUUACUGCCGUCGUCUUCUUCCAUGGCGCCUAUGCCUCCAGCUCCCCAUUGGUCUGCCCAGCUUGGUGCUUCUGCAGCCAUGGUUUCUAAUUCCAACCAAUACAACAUCAAAUUCACUGUCUAUCCAUUAUUGGUGUUGAAAGUAACAGCAACCAAAUUUAUGCCUAAAAAAACUAAUUCAUGUUCGGAUGACCAUUGAAUUUACCCAGAUUAGUAAAGCGAACAGAAAGUUACAACUUUC